UGAUCGUGACACAUCGAGGGAGAUGUUCAAUUGGCCAAACGAAACCAUCGAUGGGACGGAUCCUUUCAACUGUACCACAAAUACUUCCGUUCCGGAUGCGAUCGCGUCCCCUGAAUUUCAGACGCUGAUCUUCUUUGCCUACAGUCUAAUCUUUCUGAUCGCAGUCAUUGGAAAUCUGGCCGUCUUCCUAGCGGUGACUCUCCUACCAAGGAUGCAAACCGUGACCAACUUUUUCAUCGCAAACCUGGCCCUUGGAGACAUGCUCAUGGCGGUGUUCUGCAUACCCUUCUCAUUCGUGUCAAUCCUCAUUCUCCAGUACUGGCCCUUUGGAACGCCCCUGUGCCAUCUGGUGAACUACUCACAAGCCAUCUCUGUUCUGGUCAGUGCCUACACCAUGAUCGUCAUCAGUGCCGAUCGAUUCCUGGCGAUCAUGUGGCCCCUGAAACCUCGUUUCUCGAAACGCACCGCCAAAAUAUCCAUCCUCCUGAUCUGGAUCGGCGCUCUACUCACAGCCGCCCCGAUCCUAGUGUUCACCAGUCUCAUUCAACCUACCGAAUACCACGAUCAGUGUGAUCUAGCCAUCUGCACCGAAGUGUGGCCGGACGAACACUCCGAUUGGCUAUAUUCCAUUAUCCUAAUAACGCUCCAGUUCAUCGUACCGCUCAUCGUUCUGAUCUUCACCUACGCCUUGAUAGCCCGCAAAAUAUGGGCCAAAACUCCUCUCGGCGAAUCGAUCAAACAGCGAGAACGCCAGAUUCUACACUCGAAGCGCAAAAUCAUCAAAAUGAUGAUUACCGUGGUGCUGGUCUUCAUCGUCUGCUGGUUGCCGUUCAACAUCUUCAUGUUGCUGCCGCUCCAUCCGGACUGGCCUCCGCUUCCCUACCUGUGGUUCCUGGUCCACUGGCUGGCCAUGUCCCACAGCUGCUACAACCCGCUUAUCUACUGUUUUAUGAACGAAAAGUUUCGGCAGGGUUUCCAGCAUCUGGCGAUGGCGGGGGUUGGACGUUGUUGUCCCUGGGCAUUGGUAGUAGCUCGACGGCGGAAGAGGAGCACCGGAAGCAAUGUCACGGAAAUGCUAGAGCUGUAUCCGCCCAGUGAAACAAACACCAUGCUGAGCUAUGUCAGUGAAGGCGGUUUUGAUCAAUAA